CCGUGCGCGGUCCACCCUGGGCCGCUCCCUGGCCUCGCUCCCCGGCCAGUCGCCUAUGAGCUCCUGCUCCUUCCUGGGCCUGCAGCCCUGGAGAAUUUGUUCACCCAGAUCCCUAAGGCCAGGCCCGGCAUCCUGACCGCGACCUCCAUCGGCUGGCGCUUCCAGCUCUGGUCCCUAGGACUCUCCUGUCCGGAGCGCCACUUGGCCAGGCGCCUCAAAAACAAUAGCUUCUACCCAUUCGUGCAGCAGCAGCCAAACGUGUUCGUGCUCGAGUACUACGUGGACACGCUGUGGAAGGGGAUGCUGCUCUUUGUCGUCUGCGUGGCCCUGGUCAGCUUGGGCUCCCUGAGAGAGGUACAGAAGCAGCAGACCUGGGUCUUCCUCGCGUACGGCGUGGGCGUGGGCCUGUGGCUCGUGAUCUCGUCGCUGCCGCGGCGCCGCCUGGUGCUGAACCACACGCGCGGCGUGUACCACUUCUCCAUUCAGGGCCGCACCGUGUGCCAGGGCCCUUUGCACCUGGUCUACGUGCGCCUGGCCCUCAACUCCGACGCCUACGGAAGGUGCUUCUUCCAGCUGGUCCUCGGCGGCCACAGGUUGGAGCCGCUGGUGCUGGUGCAGCUGUCGGAGCGCUACGAGCAAAUGGAAUACUUGGGCCGUUACAUCGCCCGGAAACUCAACAUCAACUACUUCGACCACCUGGUCACCUCCUACCGGCACGUGGUUCGCCACUGGCCACCCCCUAGCGCCGGCACCGUGAUGCGUAAGAACCCCGCGGGUCACAAGCCCAGCUCCUCUCAGUCCAACCUGGAGGUGUGACACCUGGAGGUGUGACACCUGGAGGUGUGAUUCUGAGGGCCUCCUCCACCCCAGGACUGCGUUCUCCAUAACCUCCCAGCCCCACCCUGGGGCAGAUCAAAUUGUGAGACCCACUCACUGACCUUCCUUUCAAUAAAGCUGCCUC